AUGUCCACAACCACCCCCCUCGUCUGGUUCAUAACAGGCUGCAGCUCAGGAAUCGGCCUCCACCUCGCCCUCCACGCCCUCCGCCACGGCCACCACGUAAUAGCCACCUCUCGCUCCCCUUCUCCCUCCUCCCCCCCCCCCUCAGAACUCAUAACCUCCCUCGGCGGCCACCAUCUAACCCUCGACGUCUGCUCCCCGCUCCCUAUCCUCGCUGAAAAAGUUAACGAAGCAAUGAGUAUCUACGGCCGGAUCGACGUUCUGGUGAAUAAUGCUGGUUAUGCGCUUUUGGGGGCUUUUGAGUGUAUUAGUGAUGAAGAAGCGAGGGCGCAGAUGGAGACUAAUUUCUUUGGGCCGCUGAGUCUUUGUCGAUUGCUCGUCCCCCAUUUCCGCCACCGCCGCACCGGAACAAUCCUCCAAAUCUCCUCCGCGGCCGGCCUCGAAGCCCGCGCCUCCCGCUCCCUCUACUCCGCCUCCAAAUUCGCGCUCGAAGGCUUCUCCGAAGCGCUCUCCAACGAGAUGCAACCCUUCAACGUGCGCGUCCUGUUGAUCGAGCCCGGGGCUUUCAAUUCCGAGUUCGCGGAUAAGUGUGUGACGCCCGCGAAGGGGUGGGAGGAGGUCAGGGACGAGUAUAGGGGUUCGGAGAUGGAAAGGGUGAUGGGGUUGGUGGAGGGGAUGAGGGGUGGGAAUAUGAGGAAUGAUGUGGGGAAGGGGGUGCAGGCGAUUUGGGACACGGUGAUGGGGACCGGGGUGGCGGAGGGGAUGGAAGCGUUUUUGAGGGUCCCGUUAGGGAGGGAUGCGGCGGAGCGGUGGGAGGUGGUGGGGGAGUUGAGGAGGAGGACGUUGGAGGGGACGAGGAGGGUUUGGGAGAGUUGUGAGAGAGAUUCUUGA